AUGUGGAUGUUCUCUUCUCCAUCUCAACCAGGACCACCUGGACCACACUGGACUGGGAAGACACCCAAGGAGGAGGAGGAGGAGGAGGAGGAGGAGUGUGUCCUGUCCGGAGUGAAGCUUGGAUGCAAGUGCAAUGCAGAGGAGGAGGAGGAAGAGGAGGAAGAGGAGGAGGAAGAGAAGUCCCCGGCAUUUCGACUUACGACGGCUCGCCGUUACGAACGGGCUUCGACCGUAGGCACCAUUGUGAAGGACAAAGCAUGCAUUCUGGCCUAUGAAGGCCACAGUGAAAAGAAAUGGAGAAAAAAAGUAGUGCUUUGGCAGGAAGACCAAAAUCAGCGUUGUAUGCCCGAGCUGAUUCGAAAAAAGGCCAUAAGUCUUUUAGAAAAGUUUGAAAAGUUAAAGGCUGAAAAGGGUCCCGAAUACCAAAGUGAAGAGUUCGCUGCCAGUCGUGGCUGGUUUCACCGUUUUAAGUCUCGUGCGGGUUGACAUAAUAUUAAGGUGCAAGGGGAAGCAGCAAGCGCAUCAUGCUGCUUUCCUGAUACGUUGGUUGAAAUAAUUAGAGAGCGGGAUUACAGUGCCAAACACGUAUUCAACGUGGAUGAGACAGGCUUAUUUUGGAUGCGGAUGCCGAAUUGUACGUACUUCGCCAAGGAAGAGAAAUCGGCGCCAGGACAUAAAGUGGCUAAGGAGAGACUGACACUUUUGCUUGGAGGGAAUGCUGCGGGAGAUUGUAAACUUAAGCCUUUGCUUGUUUACCAAUCUGAGAACCCAAGGGCUUUCAAGGGUAUUUGGAAGGGCUCACUUCCAGUCAUCUGGAAGUCCGACAAGAAGGCUUGGGUAACUUGGGAAGAUUGGUUUACCAAUCAUUUCGUACUCAAGGUUGAGACAUACUGCGCUGCAAAGAACAUACCUUUCAAGAUUUUGUUAGUUUUUGACAAUCCACCUGGCCAUCGCAUUUUAGAUGACUUUAAUCCCAGUAUUAAAGUUGUGUGCCUUCCACCAAAUACCACAUGCCUUCUCCAGCCAAUGGACCAAGGUGUGUAUGCCUGUUUCAAACCCUACUAUUUACGUAGGACAUUCUUGAAGGCAGUCAAAGCAACUGAAGGACCAGAUGGCAAGACGUUAAAGGAAUGGUAGCGGUCGUACAACAUCUAUGAAGCUGUCAAGAACAUUGCUGAUGCAUGGGAUGAGGUUAAGAUUUCUAAUAUGAAUGGUUUGUGGAAAAAGCUAUGCCCUCUAUUUGUGAACGAUUUUCACGGUUUUGAGGGUAGAGUUGAAGAAGUGACUGAGAAAUUGGUGGCUCUUGGUAAGCGGCUGCAACUCGAAUUGGAGAUGGAUGAUGUGACACAGCUGCUCGAAUCUCACUGUGAUGAGCUGAGCACUGAAGACCUCAUUGAACAGGAGAAGCAAAUGGUAGAAGAAGUGGAAGCAAAAGAAGAGCCAGAACCCAAGAGACUUACAGCCAAGGUAUUGGCAAAAGCUCUUUGGAUGAUCGAAGAAGGAAUGUCAAUGAUAGAAGGCCAAGAUCACAUCUCAGCAUGGUACACUAAGGUCUACAGGUGUUGCAAGGAGAUUUACAAAGAGAAAAAGUAA